CUUGGAUCCUCCAGAUCGAGUUGAACCCAGAAACCCUAUAGCCUGAGCGGUUGAAGACAGCGAUGGCGGAUCCAAGCUCCUCAGGCCCUUCCUCUUCUCCGGAAGUGAAAAGUGUUAAGAAGGAUUUUUCUACUGCAAUUUUGGAACGUAAGAAGUCACCCAAUCGUCUCGUUGUCGAUGAAGCGGUGAAUGAUGACAAUUCUGUGGUUUCCAUGAACCCUGCAACAAUGGAAAAACUUCAGUUCUUUCGAGGAGACACUGUUCUAAUCAAGGGAAAGAAACGAAAAGACACAGUGUGCAUUGUUCUUGUUGAUGAACAAUGCGAAGAACCAAAGAUCAGAAUGAACAAAGUUGUACGAGCCAAUCUUAGGGUACGCCUUGGAGAUGUUGUUUCUGUCCAUCAGUGUCCUGAUGUGAAGUACGGAAAGCGAGUUCACAUCCUCCCAAUUGAUGAUACAAUUGAGGGUGUGACUGGCAACCUGUUUGAUGCAUAUUUAAAACCAUAUUUCUUGGAAUCCUAUCGGCCUGUUAGGAAGGGUGACCUUUUCCUGGUCAGAGGAGGGAUGCGAAGUGUUGAAUUCAAAGUAAUUGAAACAGAUCCUGGUGAAUAUUGUGUUGUUGCACCAGAUACUGAGAUCUUCUGUGAGGGAGAACCUAUCAAACGUGAAGAUGAGGAGAGAUUGAAUGAAGUUGGCUAUGAUGAUGUUGGUGGUGUAAGGAAGCAGAUGGCCCAGAUCCGUGAGCUGGUAGAACUUCCCCUUAGGCACCCACAGCUUUUCAAAUCUAUUGGGGUGAAGCCACCAAAAGGCAUUUUGCUCUAUGGGCCACCUGGAUCUGGAAAAACCCUAAUUGCAAGAGCUGUAGCUAAUGAGACUGGUGCAUUUUUCUUCCUGAUAAAUGGACCUGAAAUAAUGUCAAAGUUGGCUGGUGAAAGUGAAAGUAACUUGAGGAAGGCAUUUGAGGAAGCAGAAAAGAAUGCCCCAUCCAUCAUUUUCAUUGAUGAGCUAGAUUCUAUUGCUCCAAAGAGGGAAAAGACACAUGGUGAAGUGGAGAGGCGUAUUGUAUCCCAGCUGUUGACUCUAAUGGAUGGCCUUAAGACCAGGGCUCACGUGAUUGUCAUUGGUGCGACCAACAGGCCAAAUAGCAUUGACCCUGCAUUAAGGAGAUUUGGGAGAUUUGAUAGAGAGAUUGACAUUGGUGUACCAGAUGAGGUUGGCAGGCUGGAAGUCCUUCGAAUCCACACAAAGAAUAUGAAACUUUCUGAUGAUGUUGAUCUUGAAAGAGUUGCAAAAGAUACACAUGGUUAUGUUGGUGCAGAUCUUGCUGCUCUUUGCACAGAAGCUGCUCUUCAGUGUAUCAGGGAGAAAAUGGAUGUGAUUGACUUGGAGGAUGAGACAAUUGAUGCUGAGGUGUUGAAUUCCAUGGCUGUGACUAAUGAACACUUCCAAACUGCACUCGGGUCUUCCAAUCCAUCGGCCUUGCGUGAAACAGUUGUGGAGGUUCCAAAUGUGUCAUGGGAGGACAUUGGUGGGUUGGACAAUGUUAAAAGAGAGCUUCAGGAGACUGUCCAAUAUCCAGUGGAGCAUCCUGAGAAGUUCGAGAAAUUUGGCAUGUCACCUUCUAAAGGUGUGCUCUUCUAUGGACCUCCUGGCUGUGGUAAAACCCUACUUGCGAAGGCAAUUGCAAAUGAAUGCCAGGCCAACUUCAUAAGUGUUAAAGGACCUGAGUUGCUGACCAUGUGGUUUGGAGAAAGUGAGGCAAAUGUGCGGGAGAUAUUUGACAAGGCACGGCAGUCAGCACCGUGUGUACUCUUCUUUGAUGAACUUGAUUCAAUUGCAACUCAGCGUGGCAGUUCUGUAGGGGAUGCUGGUGGUGCUGCUGACAGAGUCUUGAAUCAACUUCUGACAGAAAUGGAUGGAAUGACUGCAAAGAAGACUGUUUUCAUCAUAGGAGCAACAAACAGGCCUGACAUUAUCGACCCAGCAUUGCUCAGGCCUGGACGUUUGGACCAGUUGAUUUACAUUCCACUACCAGAUGAGGCUUCCCGUCUGCAAAUAUUCAAAGCAUGCUUAAGGAAGUCACCAGUCUCUAGGGAUGUUGACCUAGUAGCUCUUGCACGGUAUACUCAUGGUUUUAGUGGUGCAGAUAUCACUGAAAUUUGUCAACGGUCCUGCAAAUAUGCCAUUAGAGAAAAUAUUGAGAAGGAUAUUGAGAGGGAGAGAAAGAAGACAGAGAACCCUGAGGCGAUGGAAGAAGAUGAUGUUGAUGAUGUCCCUGAGAUUAAAGCAGCACACUUUGAGGAGUCUAUGAAAUUUGCACGCCGAAGUGUCAGUGAUGCAGAUAUCAGGAAGUACCAGCUCUUUGCUCAGACUCUACAGCAAUCGCGGGGAUUUGGAUCUGAGUUUCGGUUUCCAGAUCAGCCCAACAAUGCCACAGCAGCAUCAACAGCUGCAGACCCAUUCUCCUCAGCAGCUGCUGCUGGAGAUGAUGAUGACCUGUACAGCUGAUGUGUUUAUUUUUCAGAGACACUGGUGCAAUAUCAAGCUGACGAUCAGUUGUAGAACUUGUUUUUUGCUGUUUCUUUUUUAUAUCUAAGAAUUUUAUCUCCUUUUGUAUGCCUAGGCUCUAAUGGUGGCUAAAUACAUAAAUGAAUAGCUACAUAACUUAGUUGCGGGGAUAGGAGGAUUAAUACAUUUUCAUUUGAGCCUUUUAAUUUUGCCCCACAUAUUUGAUUCUAUUUGGGAGUGCGUCUUGCCCAUUGAUUAGGCAGUUUGGAUUGGUAAAUGCUGAACCUCAAUGGCCACUCUGUUUGACA